UGUAUCAAAAAAAAAAAAAAGAGAAAAUGGAAAUUGAUUUUUGCGUCGAUGUCAGACACUUGAGGAAUGAGGAUCACAGAACAUUCAAACGCAUGAGCUUGUUUUUGCUUAUAGAAAAAUCAUUUUCCGCUACGAUUCACCAUUCCCAUUUUCUCUGCAACUUUCUUCAUAAUCAUAUUCAUACUCAUUUCAAUUCAUCAUCACUCACUCAACGCGAAAAUGAAGACCAUUCUUUCUUCUUCUGCUACUACCUGUGAUUUCUCGCUGAUUCUUUUCCCUCAGCUCUGCCCCAGUAAAAAUUCAAGCCACACCUACCCAUCAAUCCCUUUCUCCAAGAGGAGAAGGAAAAAACUUCACCCAAAAUUUUCCCAUCUCAUGUUCUCUGUUAGUGCUUGUAUAAUUCCCACCAAUGGCAGCAACAAUCGUAAUGCUAAUUCUAUCAGGCUAGCUACACGAAUACGAAAUAUUCUUCUCAAACAAAUUGCUAAUGAAUCGGAGACCCAAGAAGAUAUUUCGCUAGAGGAGUCAUCAUCAUUGUCUUCGUCCAUCCAAAUGGGCUCAAAUUUCACCGGUUUUCAAGAAGAUCCCAUGCUCGAUAAGUUAAGGACUCAGUUAGGAGUCAUACACCCUAUUCCAUCUCCUCCAAUUAAUCGAAAUAUUGUUGGGUUAUUUGUCUUCUUCUUCUUUGUUGGCGUAGUUUUCGAUAAGCUAUGGACAUCCAGGAAGACGGCUAAGAUGGUCAGUGGAGGUGGGCAGCGUGGACCGUGGCCUCAAGUUCCUACAAGUUUUUCGUUAUUCUUGGAAAAGGAUUUGCAGAGGAAGGAGUCGGUGGAGUGGGUGAAUAUGGUGUUGGGGAAAUUGUGGAAGGUGUAUAGACCUGGUAUUGAGAACUGGAUUAUUGGGUUGCUGCAGCCUGUCAUUGAUAAUCUGAAGAAGCCUGAUUAUGUGGAGAGAGUUGAGAUUAGGCAAUUCUCCUUGGGAGACGAGCCAUUGUCAGUCAGGAAUGUUGAGCGCAGAACAUCACGCCGUGUCAACGAUUUGCAGUAUCAAAUAGGCCUACGAUAUACUGGUGGUGCUCGCAUGUUGCUAAUGCUUUCACUAAAAUUUGUCAUUAUCCCCAUUGCUGUACCAGUUGGCGUUCGAGAUUUUGACAUAGAUGGUGAACUGUGGGUCAAAGUGCGGUUGAUACCGACUGAGCCUUGGGUGGGAGCUGUUUCAUGGGCUUUUGUUUCCCUUCCAAAGAUCAAAUUUGAAUUGUCACCAUUCCGCUUGUUCAAUUUGAUGGCAAUACCUGUUCUCUCAAUGUUUUUGACGAAACUUCUUACUGAGGAUUUGCCUCGACUAUUUGUUCGUCCAAAGAAGAUUGUAUUGGAUUUUCAAAACGGAAAAGCAGUUGGCCCUGUUGCAAAUGAUUUCAGAACAGGAGAAAUGCAAGAGGGCAACAAUGAUUUCGUUGGAGAGCUAUCAGUUACUCUUGUAGAUGCUCGGAAACUUUCCUUUGUCUUCUAUGGUAAAACAGACCCAUAUGUUAUUCUAAGGCUGGGAGAUCAAACCAUACGUAGUAAAAAGAACAGUCAAACCACUGUCAUUGGGCCUCCUGGUCAGCCAAUUUGGAAUCAGGAUUUUCAUAUGCUUGUUGCAAAUCCUAGGAAACAAAAAUUGUACAUCGAAGUGAAAGACUCCCUUGGAUUUACAGAUUUGGCUAUUGGUAAUGGAGAGGUUGAUCUAGGAUCUCUCCAAGACACUGUACCAACAAACAGGAUUGUGGUUUUACGUGGAGGUUGGGGACUGUUCAGAAAGGGAUCUUAUGGAGAAAUACUUCUUCGACUAACAUAUAAAGCAUAUGUUGAGGAUGAAGAUGAUGAGAAGACAGCAGUGGAGUCCACUGAUACAGAUGAUUCAGAUGAUGAGUUGUCUGAUUCUGAAGAAUCAAAUACUACUUUCAAGUCAACUAGAAGGGAUUCAUAUAGUGAAUCAGAUAAAGAGUCAUUUAUGGAUGUUCUUGCAGCUUUAAUUGUUAGUGAGGAGUUUCAAGGGAUUGUGGCGUCUGAGACAGGAAGCAACAAAAUUUUGGAUGAUAUCUCAUCCGCAGCAUCACGUGGUCUUAAUGCUGAGUCAAUCCCUUCAGAUCCCUACAACAGUUCUGAAAGUUCAGGAGGAUCAGUCAUAGUUUGGCUUGCUGUGUUUACAAGCACUUUAGUUCUAAUAGCUGUCAAUAUGGGUGGCUCAAGUUUCUUCAACCCUUGAUAUGACAUCGAAAAGCUUGCAAGUUGGUCUUAGUACUCCUAUUGAAGAAAUUGGCUUUUGAGUUAUACCUUAUCUAGGCAUUUGUUGUCAGUAGAGGAAAUACCUUUCACUUCGGCAAUUGUGGAAUGGACCCGUUUGGUUCGGUUAAACAGGGUACAAGAAUCUAAAUGGGAAUAUCAUUGGGAAUGUCAUAUCCCCACGCUUGAAGUUGGUAAUAUGAGGGGGAAUGAGUUUCCCCCAUGUAAGGUUGUGCAGUAAAGCCCCUCUUCGCACAUCAUAGGUAUUAUUGGUUAUUUGAAUAGCAAUAUUCUUUUGGCCCCGGAAAAUUUUGACUUUUCUUUCUUUUUUUUUUUUUUUUUUUUUUCAAUUCUAAGGCUUAAUAAAAGAAUUAGGAUUUACAAGCUAAAA